CUUGUCUUGUGGUCCUUGGUUAUCCGUCAUUGUAGCGUAUCGCCAUCCCGUCGUCAAUAACUACGAUCUCGGGGCGUGUUCUUUAUUUCAUAACUGAAAUAAAGCGUACGUAUAAUCCCGCUCAUAUAAAUUAUACAGACGUUAUAACCCAUUUCCAAGCUUUAGAACUGAAAUGCGAGUUUUGUGAACUCGUCACACGCCCCAAAAGAGAUCGUGAACUUCUGUGUGAACUUGUGUUUCGUGCGUCUACUAUUUCGUGUAACUAUAGUUGUUUAUACUGACAUUUUAUUUGUUUAGUGUUUAUUAACCAGUGUUAGAGUCGAUGGUGUGCAGUGUUGAGUUCAGUGUGAGAUUUCUCGUUGUACAUUGAUGGGCCGCUGGAACGCGCGUACGGCGGCAGAGAGGCCGCAUCGGCGGGUCGCAGCUUCCCGGAGAGUUCAAAUUAAAAUCCGUCAACCUGGAACUGAUGGAAUUAGAAAAUAUCGUAGCCAACACUGUCUACUUGAAAGCCAGAGAGGGCGGUUCCGAUAGCAACAAAGGCAAGAGCAAGAAGUGGCGGAAGAUCCUUCAGUUUCCUCACAUAUCGCAAUGCUUAGAUAUCAAAACGAAAAUAGAUGUAACGUACGACUACGUGGUGGACCAGCAGCCGAUCGGCAAGCUGCUGUUCCGCCAGUUCUGCGAGCGCAACCGCCCGCAGUACCACAAGCACAACAGCUUCCUCGACUCGUUCUUGGAUCGAUUGCAGGCGGAGCGGUACGAGGUGGAACUGGACGAGACGCGCACCGCGCUCGCGGCCGAGGUGUUCGGCCAGUACCUGAAGACGGAGGACGCGGACGCCGUCACCGACGUCGUCUCGUCCACCGUGGUGGAGGACGCCAGCAAGCUGCUUGAAGGUACGCUAGACGCAGAGGGCGAGGUGGCUCUGGACGAGACGCGCACCGCGCUCGCGGCCGAGGUGUUCGGCCAGUACCUGAAGACGGAGGACGCGGACGCCGUCACCGACGUCGUCUCGUCCACCGUGGUGGAGGACGCCAGCAAGCUGCUUGAAGGUACGCUAGACGCAGAGGGCGAGGUGGCACUGGACGAGACGCGCACCGCGCUCGCGGCCGAGGUGUUCGGCCAGUACCUGAAGACGGAGGACGCGGACGCCGUCACCGACGUCGUCUCGUCCACCGUGGUGGAGGACGCCAGCAAGCUGCUUGAAGCGGGCUCCAGGGACAUAUUCAGCGAAUGCGUGCGCUGCGUGAAGAGCUUCCUAGCGGGGAUACCGUUCGCGGAGUUCGAGCGCUCGAUGUACUUCCACCGCUACCUGCAGUGGAAGUGGCUGGAGGCGCAGCCGGUGACGCAGCACACCUUCCGCAUGUACCGCGUGCUGGGCAAGGGCGGCUUCGGCGAGGUCUGCGCUUGUCAGGUUCGAGCUACAGGCAAAAUGUACGCGUGCAAGAAACUAGAAAAGAAGAGAAUAAAGAAGCGGAAAGGAGAACAGAUGGUGCUGAUAGAGAAGCAAAUUCUUCAGCGGAUCAACUCGCGCUUCGUGGUCAAUCUGGCCUACGCCUACGAGACCAAGGACGCCUUGUGUCUCGUGCUCACUAUCAUGAACGGUGGCGAUCUCAAGUUCCACAUCUACAACAUGUGCGGCGCGGACACUGGACUGGGGCUGGAGCGGGCGCGCUUCUAUGCGGCGCAGGUCGCGUGCGGGCUGGAGCAUCUGCACAAAAUGGGCAUCGUGUACAGGGAUUGCAAGCCAGAAAACAUACUUUUGGAUGACGCGGGCCAUGUGCGGAUAUCUGACCUGGGGCUCGCCGUCGACGUGCCGGAGGGUGGCAGCGUGCGGGGCAGGGUCGGCACCGUCGGGUACAUGGCGCCUGAGGUGAUAGACAACGAACGGUAUACCUUCAGUCCGGACUGGUUCUCGUUCGGCUGCCUCGUGUAUGAGAUGAUCGAGGGCCGAGCGCCCUUCCGCGCGAGGAAGGAGAAGGUUAAGCGGGAGGAGGUCGACCGCAGGGUCAAGCACGAACAAGAGAAAUACUCCCCCAAGUUCAGUGAGUGUGCGCGCGCGCUGUGCACCGCGCUGCUAGCGAAGACGGCGGGCGCGCGGCUGGGCGCGGGCGCGGCGGGGCGGCGGGGGGCGGCGCACGUCAAGGCGCACCGCUUCUUCGUGCGCCUCAACUGGGCGCGGCUCGAGGCCGGCAUGGUGGGCGCACCCUUCGUGCCUGAUCCGCACGCGGUGUACGCGAAAGACGUGCUCGACAUCGAGCAGUUCUCCACCGUGAAGGGCGUGGCGCUGGACGCGGGCGACGACACCUUCUACGGCAAGUUCAACACCGGCAGCGUCAGCAUCCCCUGGCAGCGCGAGAUGAUCGAGACCGGCUGCUACUCCGAGCUGAACCUCUUCACGCCAGACGAGGAGGGCAAGGAGAGCCGCACUCAGGACCUGCAGCUGGUGCCCACCGACGAGGUGCAGGAGGAGGAGACGGGCUGCUUCAUGUUCGCCAGACGGGUGCUCUGCCCCCAAAAGAAGAUCCCCGCGCGUCUCCGGCCCGUCCACGUGCCGGAGCACCUCCUGCGCCCCACGUCGCCCACGCCGCCCGCCGCACCCCCCGCCGCCCCCGCCAGCUGACCACACCCCCUCGCAAACUGAGACGGUACACAGUAUUGCCACAUACAACACGCAUCGGCAAAGCUCAACCUAGCGACAGACGGACACAUGCGAGCGUAAUGAUGUCUAUACACGUAACGAUGUACUUGUACAAGUCACUUGCAUACUAUUGCAUUGAUAAUGACCUUUAAUACUAACAGUAACGGUAACAGAGACGUCUUUUUUUAUUGUGUACAAGUUAGCCCUUGACUACAAUCUCACCUGAUGGUAAGUGAUGAUGCAAUCUAAGAUGGAAGCGGGCUAACUUGUCAGGAGGAGGAUGAAAAUCCACACCCCCUUUCGGUUUCUACAUGACAUUGUACCGGAACGCUACAUCGCUUGGCGGUACGUCUUUGUCGGUAGGGUGGUAACUAGCCACGGCCGAAGUCUCCCACCAGCCAAAACUACUCACUAACAGUAAAAACAGUAUUGUUUCAUCAAAGUGACUGAAAAUGUGUGCAACUACCCACAUACAUUUCCAGAUUGCAUUCUGCCAUUGCAAUAUGAAUUCUUUUACUAGUAACUACUUUGUUAAUAGUAUAGCCAGUUAGCAAACCACACAUUGAGAUGAUUUACAGUAUCGCCACUUCUAUAACACGCAUCGGCAAAGCUCCACCUAGCGACAGAUGGACACAUGCGAGCGUAAUGAUGUCUAUACACGUAACGAUGUACUUUUUCAAGUCACUUGCAUACUAUUGCACCAUGGGAAUCAUGAAUACGGGUAAUAGACUCAGGAAAUACUACUGUAUUAUCAAACUGACAACUUAAUAAUGUGUGCAAAUAACCACAUAGAUUUACAGAUUGCAUCCUGCCGUUGUUACAAUAUUAAUCCUUGUAUUGUAUGUCAAUAUGCCUAUCAGUUAACACACACUAUAGUAUUGCCACUUUUACUAGACGAAUCAUUCGUUUGGCGUAGACAAGCUCAACCUAUUAUGAGCAUAAUACUGUCAAUACACGUAACGAUGUACAAGUUACUUGCAUAAUAUAUUUCUAUUGUCUCUGCACCUUGGGAAUCACCAAUGUCCACUAUUAUUAAUGGACGUCCACCCACAACAACAGUAAAAAUACUACUACGAGUAUGUUACCAUAGUAACAACUUAUAGAUAUACUGAAAAUACAUGUAACUAUCCACAUACAGUACAGACUGCAUCCGCCUAUUACAAUAUUUAUUGUAUGUCAAUACUAUAUUCUCUAUACUAAAAUAAUGUGACGUUGAAAGAAAUGUACGCAAGCAUCUUCCAAUACUCUUUUCAUUUUGUGCAAGUGUAGCGCAAGUAACUCGUUACGUGUACGGCCACCUUUAUGAAUUUAACACCAAUGAAAUAUAGACCUUAUUACCUUUACUUUAAGACUUUAUAACACAAAAACGACAGAGAAGUAUCCUUAAACAACGUGAGCUAAUGCUAGCCACUCACCAUCCGUUAAUCCCAGCUUGAUGUGCAUGAGAUCAUGCCGAUCGCGACCAACACACGAUCAGUUUUAUCGGAUGUCAAGCCGUUAGCGCUGCUUAUCGGAUGGUAAGUUGCUAUCAUAUGGGUACGACAUUAGUAUAAAUAAGUAAAAAUCUAACUCUAAACCUCUUGGAAUCCCAUAGAGUUAUUGAUUCUUCAUUCAAUAUAGAACUGACGCAAGCUAUGAUUGGCUAAGAAAGGAGAUGGUCCAAAAUUGUAUGGAUCCAAGGAUCAGUCAAUGUACCCUGGCGGAAAUAAAAUGUAUAACUAUUUUCGAAUAUACAAAUCUACGAAUUUACUUUAAUUUUUUCGAAAUAUUAUUCAUUCUCUCCCAAGAAAUGCAACACUAUUAUGGUUAACAAUGGCGGAUUGAAGACGUUUUUAACGCAAUAGUCGUUUUGACGUUUGCUGUCAAAUGUCAUGUCAUAGUUGCUUUAAGGGCGCAAUCUUGUUAAAACUCAAAAACUUGGGGGUUCAAUUUGAUUUAUUUCUUUUUAUUCAGUUACAUUUAUUCAUUUGUUUAAAUUUUAACAAAUACCCUGUAUGUUUUAAAUUUUAUUGAUACGGGAUACAAGAGUGGACCUGAAAUGGACCAUCUCCUUUUCAUGUAAUUCAAAUACAUUGACUUCUGCGCAGGUUUUGUAACUUAUAAAAGUGGUUGUACUAACUUACUGCGAGAUUUGUGUACUGUGUUACUGUGUUAUGUAAAAAACCGACACCAAAUGCUGAGAUAUCCCAUUUUUACACAAAUCCCACUGGAACUGUGGAUUUUUCCGGAAUAAAAAAUGGCCUAUGUCAAAAAUUAUAUCAACUCACCCGCCAACACUGUCAAAAUAGAGUCAAAGUGACGUCAUAGCUAUGCCCUUAACGGAUUUAUCAUAUGAACUCUCAAAGUCUGAAGAAAUGCAUUAUAAUUGUAUAAUUUUUUUAUCAUUAUUCAAUAGUGGAAACAACUUUCCAGUCUAGGAGCUCACAGUAACAUAUGUAUGUUUACUUUUGAAUAAGACAGUAGGAAGUUUACCACUUCUCAAAUAAAAUAACUAGUAAAGACAUCACAAGUUCUAAUUACAUAUAUUAAGCAUAAGUCCUUGAUUUGUGAUUCGUUAAACUUGGGUUUGGUUAAGACAAGAAUAAACAUGCAUGUUUUAGGCGCAAAUGUGUUCCAUUUUUGGUUCCAUUUUGAUGUGAAACAUCUAUAGCCGCACGUAAAACCGCGCAUAAAAAUUUCUGGCGUGGCGACGCAUGCUGUGGCGACGCGUCGCCCCGCUAUAUGAUGGUAUAUAUAUAUACAGUCUAUAUGCAGUAGUGUACGGUGUGGCGACGCGUCGCCAUGCGCAUUCGACUGUGCGAUUCUCUCCCUGUUCUUUUCUGCAUAUUACUUUCACAAAAUGUAUUGCUUUACGUGACGGCUUACAUUUUUUUUUAUAUCCGUUAGUGUAUGUACCAACGGAUAUAACCAUCGGGUGAAAUUAGUGGUCAAGUCAAUAUAUCAAAAAAUACUAUUAUUAUUAAUACCAGUAUUAUGACGUACACAUGUGUGUAUGUAUCAAUGCAUUUAUUUAAAUAUUUUACUUGACCAUUAAAGUCAUUGAUUUAUAGCCAGAGUGUUUAAAAACGCGAUUAGUUUUGAAUUUAUUUUGACCUUGCACUAUUUUUUUUUCAAUAUUUAUCGUAUUAUGAAUUACAGCAAAGUUAUGUGAGCUCCUAUACUAUAUAAUGCUAUAGGCAACUCAAUGCAUUAUCAAAUGUAUUUCGAACAGCCAUGUUGGUCGACAAUGCCAAUUUGAAAUUCAUUAAUUCCAAAUGGCAUGCGGUAUAUUUACAUCAUACCGACCGGACAGAAAAUUUAAACGAAUCACUCUUAUGAAGUCUUUUGACGUGACAACGUCUUAUAAUUCGAUGGAGCCGGCUGCACACUCGAAAAAGAUGACGACAUGCGUCGUUCCCUCGCUCUAGGGUUGCCAAAUUUUUUUACAAGAGAUAAAGUAUAAUAUUCUGGUUUAUGAAGAUUAUUAAACAGUAUUUUAGAAAAACGAACAUUUUCUUUUGAAAAAUGCCACCAUUCCAUCAGUAUUUUCUUAUGACGUUGUCACGUUUAACUAUCGUCAGUAAACCGACUUUACAGACAACAGAUUUAUUUUUAGAAAGUUCUUUCCGCUUGCUUAACACGUUCCCUGCGGAACGAGGUCAAUUGACCUCGUAGGUACUAUCACGACAUCACGAGGUACGAGGUCGAUGGACCUCGUAUCGCACCACUGAUUUUAGUACGAGGUCAAAAAACCUCGUACCACACCAGGGGAAAAUACAGAAAAAUCAGUGCCGCAGCGAGCGUGUUAAGUACUUCAAUGAAUUAGUAUUUAUUUUUAACUCGAAUUUUUUUUUGUGUUGGUAGACAAAAAUAUAUAUGAUCGAAGGCUAUACUAGUAACUACAAUGCAUUUUCGUCGUAUCUGUCUGUUGACGAAUUAUCAGUGUUUUUACUUGUGACUAAAUCAGAUAACUGUAAAGACUGGAUUUAUUUUAUUUACGUUCAACCCAAUUGAUAUAGGUACAAUAAAUUAAUUAAUAAAUUGAUUAAUUUAUUUUUACAAAAUGUAUUGCUAUAUGUAGUAGGUCAAAUAGUAUUAAUGAAUUUUUUGAUGUUUUUUUUUAAAGAAUUAUUAAAUCAAGAUUUGGUCAAGAUGUUAGUGCUUACAGGUAUCUUAUUUAGUCUUAAGAUAUCAAGAUAGUAUGGCGAUAUAAAAACUAAUCAUGAACAAAUUUAGCUUAAGAACAAUUUUUUAUAUACAUAUUAUAAAUAUUGUCUUGCAAUAUCUAAUCGAAUUGAAUGAGAAAUAGACUUCUAAUUUUAUGGCGUUAAAGUCUAUAUUUCAUUGAUUACUUUGAAUGUUUAUACUGUGUUCUUUCGACUGAUGUUUUUUUAUUCUUAUUUUACGUAUUAUUUAGCUCAAGAGUAUUAAGCGAACAAAAAAAAAUAUUAUUUUCUAUUGUAUUUAUAAAGCUUAUUACCAUUAUUUCACUACAGCGUUUUAGUUAAUUUUUAAACAAGUUUGAAGCUAAGGUUAAACGGUUUUUUAUUAUUACAAAAAGCUUUUUACAAUGAGACUUUUUAUAGCAAACCUGUUAUAGCUUGACCAGAAAAAAAAUACCUCGUCACAUUGCUAUAAAUAAUAACAACUCAUCUUUUUUUUAUAGAACCUCAGUCAAGUAAAUCCACCGCGCAUACCACUGCGCCACGGAGGCCGUCAAAUCUUUUAAAUAUGACCAAUCGAGGAUCGAACCCCCACCCCUCGGUGAGGAGUCCGACGGCUUACUGUUGAACUAUUGAGGCUUUGAUCUUUUAUUAACCAGCUUCAAAAAAAAGGUCUCCAUUCGACGCGUAUGCUUUUUUAUUUUUAUGUUUGUUAUCUCAUAACUUCGUCAUUUAUUAACCAAUUUUGAAAAUUCUUCAUUUGUUUGAAAGAAUAUACUUCCAGAUUGAUCCCAUUUGAUUUUCAUGAAAAUCGGUUUAGUAAUUUUGUGUUAAAAACAAAAUAACUGAAAUACGUCUUGAAGUUGGUACCAUUUCAUGUUCAAAAGAUUACCUUUGCAUCAACACGUUCGCUGCGGUACGAGGUCAAUUGACCUUGUACGUCUAGAAUGUUCAAGGGUUACGAGGUCGAUGGACCUCGUUACCGAACUACUUAAAGUUUUAGUAUGAGUUCAAAAAACCUCGUACGGUACCAGAGGAAAGUAAGUAAACGCAGAUGGUUUUAGUGCAAUGGUAAUAUUUUUAACGUGAUGGUAAUUUUCUUAAUGGUAUUUUUUUUUUUAGGUUUUUAAGAUUUUGUAGCACAAUGAAGGUGAUUUAAUUUUCUGGUCAGGCCUAAUUUAUAACCAAACUAAUAUAGGUAGAAAUUAAACUAAAUUAAUAAUUUUCUAAAAUCUUUUGCUAAGUAUUGGAGAACGCAUAACUCAGUCCUCACUUGUGCGUCCCCUCGAUCUAAGACCCGGCAUUAGAAAUACACUCAGAGGCGCAAUUAUCCGCCCACUUUAAUAUACUCGCGUCAUAUUGAAGUGGGCGGAUAAUUGUGCCUCUGAGUAUAUAUACCCUCAUACAAAAUUUAGGAGAUUAUGAAUUAUAUCAACAGCAACCUAAUACAGCCAAAUUAAGCAAAAAAUUCAAACGGUGAAGGAAAACAUCGUGAGGAAACCUGCAUUCCUGAGAAUUUUCUCAAUUCUCUGCGUGUGUGAAGUCUGCCAAUCCGCAUUGGGCCAGCGUGGUGGACUAUUGGCUAACCCCUCUCAUUCUGAGAGGAGACUCGAGCUGAGCAGUGAGCCGAAUAUGGGUUGAUAAUGAUAAAAAUGAUGUAUGUACGUCGCACCGUGAAAAGUAUUGCAGUACUUUGAAAGAAAAACUUACUGACGCAUAGAAUAUUGACCCAUAUUCUCUUUUAGUUUAAGGAGCAAAAUCCUACAGCGAAAAAAAAUACUUUGAAGUUUUUUACGAGUAUUUUGAAAAUGCGAUUGUGUUUCUUAUGCCAUUACAAUAUGGAUAAGUUUCCUUUGGAACAGGCGAAUACUUUUACAGCUUAGCAAGUUUGUUGACGACACUCCCAUGAUAUGAGGGCGACGGGGGGAAGUCGUGCGCGGGUGUGAAGUCGUGCGCGUCGUUUGCCAAGCUAUAUGCAUUUUACAACCUGUCCGCGAUGGAGGACUCAGUUAUGUGCUUUCUCUGUACAUUGUUUUUCAGAUAGCAUGGUACAGUGACACUUCGUUUCGAAAGUUAGCAACUGUCACCAUACCAAUGCUAUCUGAAAAUAUAGUAUUUCAUUUGAUUUAAGUCAUUUUAAUAUACGCAUUUUUCUUAGAUAUAAUAUAAACCAUCCAAUAUAGAAUAACAAAAACAUGUUAGUACCGCUAGGCUAUCCGUUGGGGAUUUUUCAAUUUGGUGGUAUAUUAUUAUUUAUAUAUUUGUAUAAAAUAUAAUUAUUAUAAAGUACAUAUUUAAAUAUUUUUAAAAAAGGUUUUUGAACGGCUGAACAUUUUGAUAAUUAUCGCUUAUUCGUGUUUUUAAAUAUACGUAUUUAAACGUGAAAACGAAUGAAUGAUUUGGAUACACGGGUGCGUGAGUGAAUUUUUAAUAUUCGAUAUAAAUAUCACUUCUUAUUUAGAAUGUGAUCUGUUGUUGCAAUGGUGUGCAUAGGGUGAUUAAUGAAGACAGAGGUUAAUUGCAUUUUAUCAUAGAAUAUUGUAACGUCACCUCGUAGUUUUUUGGUAUCAGUAUGCUUACUGAUGCCCGGCCGCUCAGGGAUUGCGUUUUUGACAUGUGAUCGAAUGGGCGAUGUAACUUCGGACUGGCGUACAAGGUUGUUGAAUUGCGCUGUUUCAAGGUUAUGCCAACUAUUUGUCUUUGUAGUGAUGAGACAAAAACGAGACAAUUGUAAUUGAAUAUGUUUGUUCCAUUCGAUCACCUGUCAGAAUUGCAAUUACUGAGCGGCCUGACUUUAAUACAAGUUCCUCCAAGAUUUAAGAGAUGGCGUUUUAAAAUUUUCAGGGAAGUCUAAGUUCGUAUGUCGCGUUAUCUAUAUGAAAAAGUGAGAUUAUGAAAUUUGUUUAUAAUAUUUUAAAUUAAUGAAAAUACAGUCUGUGAAAUAAUACUGUCUUCAAACUUUGUCAACACUUCAAAAGUCCAUAGUACCAAUUAAUUAUUUAACUAGCAGACGCCGCGCGGUUUCACCCGCGUAGUUCCCGUGCCCGAAGGAAUACGGGGAUAAAAUAUAGCCUAUAGCACUCGGGGAUAGUGUAACAUACCAACAGUGAAAGAAUUUUUCAAAUCGGUUCAGUAGUUUCAGAGCUAUUUCAAUGCAAACAAACACACAAUCAAAUCUUUCCUCAUUAUAGAACAAAUUUCAUGAUCUUACUUUUUUCACCCGAACCUCGUGAAAUGUCUUUUAAAGGACGCACAAUCAUGUAAAAAUGUCACUUAAAAUACUGGUAAAUGUUUCUUUGGCAGUUUUAGAAUUAUUGGUAAAGAAAAUUACACCUAAAGCCCUUUAAAUAUAGUCCAAUAUUCAAUAAACUCCCAAAUUCAGAGCAAAAUCAACCUUAAGGAUUGAUUUUAAGGUUGAAUUUGCAAAUGUGACUACUUGAAUUGAGUGCCAAGAAGUUGUGUCUGGCUCUCAUUGAGUGGGGACGUUUUUUGGUCGCUGAUUGUGCAUCCACUUUUUAAUAAUACAUAUAAAAUCUUAGUUAACACAGAACUAGCUCGCCACUAAAGUAGAUAUAUACGUAAGUCAUGUUAUAUGCCACACAGGAAUCGCUUGGGUAAUCGUGUAAUCGUAGAGAGAGUAGAUUUGGAGAUAAUGCAGAUAUUUUUUUAACUAGGCACAGUGAUAGGCAACACAGAUUAUGUAACUGUAUACCGACCCCGUGGUGAACUGAGGACAUGUAAGAGUCAGCGUAUAGGUAUCAUACAGUUGGGUUGCAGGGAGCCGUUAUGUUUGGAAAUCCAUGCAAGAGGUCUAUAUCGUUUGAUGAUGAUGCAUUAGUAUUUACAUUUUAUUUCAAUAUGUAACUAUAAAUUAAAUACCUACUAUACUUCUGACACAGAUAUUUACUCAAUCAAAAUCAAGAAGCUCUGAACCCUCUUAACACGUUCGCUGCGGUACGAGGUCAAUUGACCUCGUACGUCUAGCUGCUUCAAGAGUUACUAGCUCGAUGGACCUCGUACCACAGCACAAAGUUUUAGUAUGGGGUCAAAAACCUCGUAGCGCACAGAACAGAAAAAUCAGUGCCGCAGCGAACGUGAACGUAAUGCAUUAGGCGAUGAUUUUUACAUUGGCAUGCAUUUUUGAAUUCUUUUAUUUUAGCUUUUACCAUAUUAUCAUCUGUUGGAAGAUUUUUGAACUCUUAUGACUUGCAUUUAACACUUGCAUAGAAUUUUAUAGCACUCUAUAACAAGUGUUUGCUUAGUAUGCGUUUUAAAAACAUUCCAUAAAGCUGUGAAAAUGCUUACAAGAACGAAGCAUGCCUUUUUUUUUUGUCUAUACCACUGUUAUACAGUUACAUAAUCUAUGGUAACCUAAUAGAGAAUGUAAAGGAAAAUAGAGUGAAGAUAGAAAUUGUCUAUAGUAGGGUAUGUGAAAAGCUUUCAAUGGAUACACAAUAGGUCUGCUUACUAGUUGACUCAACGAUCCGAUUUUGGUUUCUUGUUCCUUAAAAAAGAACAAAAACUACACUUGUUUUAAAUAUGACAUUACCCACUAAUUAGUCGGAUAUAUUGUUAGGAGUGAGCACGACAAUAGCCAGCGGGCGGGGUAAAUUAGCUCUGGUCAAUAGUCUUUAGUCAUUUAGACUCUAGUCUACGAUCAGAGAUCUAGACUAUCUUACUAGGUUUGGCCAUGGUUAACCAAUCUGAUUAUAAGGAGAGGGGAAAACGUGUUAAAUUAUACUCAAAUGUAGUUCUGCAAAAUAAAAAAGUUCAAUUUAUUUCGUUGCAGACUAGGUAUCAUACAGUUGGGUAUAAACUAAGUUUUAUGAAGUAAUACCAAUAAUGGCAAAAACAAUCGAUUAUCCGAUUUUUACUUUCAGAAAUUAAAAAAAAAGCAAUGGCUCACUAAAAUACAGAAAAUUAAAAAAAAAAAGAAUUAAAAUAUUGUUUCGCUGAGUCAACUAUGACGUGCUAGGUAUUUGCAAAGUUUAGCGAAAAAUAUAGACGUAUGGUUAGUGAAAAGACGUAGUUCGCGUACGUGGUGAACGCACUCGAUGUGGCGACGUGAGUUGAAACUUGAAAUUAUUUUUUAAAACGUUUAAUUUUUUUUUAUUUUUUUCAACUUUUAAUAAAAUCCAUGUAGAGAGAACACUAUUUAUAAAAAAGUCCCGGCUUUUGACUGCUCUAGCAACCGAUGGUCAGCGCUCCAGAGUGAUAUGAAGUGAACCUCCACACAAUAUCCAUCCAAUCUUAAUCCAUCAGCCAAGCAAAAGCUUCCUAAAGCGUUGAUUAUUGCCUAUUUAUUGAAACAAUUACAUUGUUGUGUGCUACAUGGAAAUUAAAGCCAAUUUUCAACUUACGUGCCGCAUCCAUAAUAUAAUUUCGAUGCAAUAAAGUAUUUUUUUAACUUUUUAAAUAAAUUUAAUAAAGUAAUUACUAAUUAAAUUAGUUCCCGUACCAAAUAACGAGCAAUAAAUAAAAAACAAAAACGAAUCGAAAAAAUGGAUUUUAAAGAUGUGUAAAUUAAAAUUCAGUGUUUAUAGUGUGACGUGGAAAAUUUCCACUUCUCGAUGGAUGUAAUAGUGUAAAACUUUUUUGGAUCCGCAAUGCCAUUUAUAUAUAUAUAUAAAAAAAACAUUGUAAUCAAAUUGAAGAAACGAGUAUGUAUCAGUUACAAUAUACUCUGGUUAGUUUUAACUUAUUUUGCAACUUUGGAAAACGAUAAAAAUAUAUGAAAUCAUGUAAACUUUUAAACAAAUGUUAAAGAAACACUUAAGGUCACAGCUCAUCAAAGCCACCCGGAGUCUGGUACAUUUCGUCUCUCCAUAAAAGGAAGAUGCGAACCUGUGAUGUUAAGGAGUUAAUAUGUCAAGCAACUGGCGAUAAAAAUCCCUAUAUCUCGAGGAGGGUGAGACCAAAGAUUUUCUACUAUUAGAUACUACGUGACUAAAAAAUCACCACAAAAGUGAUCCGAAUUUAGCAACUCCACUAAGCGCACAAGUUUGUAUUUUACUUACAUUAUAUAUUAAUGUAUAUAUAGUUUAUACACUUCCUAAACAAAUGACUUAUUGUAGACAAAAUUAGGUAUUAUUUGUUUAAAUAACUUUCUUUGUUUACUAUGCAAUUAAAAGAAAUUAAGAUAAUUAGCCUCUUUUGUUUGCCUCAGUUUCGACGUGGUAAUAUUUUAAUAGUAUAAAAUCUUUGGAUGUGACUUAAAGGUGGUGCCCUCUAUACUGUCUCUGUGGGCCUAGUGGCAGUUUGAUACUGUUACUAUCGCGUUAACGUAAACGCGAAUUUCCAUGGAAUUGAAACAGCGCCAUCUAGUGGCACUACUGCACAGCUGCUUCAAUUUCAUAUAAAUUCGCGUUUACGUUAACGCGAUAAUGACAGUAUGAAAAUAUUGAAAACUCACACACAGUUAUGUUUUUAUACUAAACGACUAUUGAUUUGAAAAUAUUGUUAUUUACAAUGAAUUUAGAAUGUUAAUGCAAAUUUAAAUAAACAAACGUUGCCAUGAUUGUUUAGAAUUAUAAGUAAACUAUUAAGUACAUACCUAAAGUUGCAAAAUUAAUCUGCAAAAACAUGUACAAAGAAUGCACAAAUUCUGAGAUAUUUUAACUUUCGCCAUUAAUGUACAUUGCCAGUAAAAUAUACAUCCAAUAUUGUAUUAUGCUGAUCGCACAUUGAUGGACACAUCUGUAUGUUAUCUCUCCGUGUAUUUUAUCACAGUGACUUAAGAUGAUGCUAAUUCUUUUAGAAACAGAGUUAGUUUUAUUUUUGUUUGAUUUUCAAAAAUCGAAGAUCAUCAUGGUCCUGUUGUAUUUCCAAAUAUUCGAAAUUGUAAGAAGACAUACAAAUACAAUCUCAAAGCGUGCCAUAAGUUGAAGAUAAUUCGACAUUUUUCUGAAACACAACUCUUAGUUUUUACUGCUAAUUUUAAUAUAUUAAAUACAAAUAAAAUAUAAUAUACUGUUGUGUUGCGAAGGUUUAGAGACAUAUACACCUUUAUGCCGAUUGUCCGCUUUGUACGGUGAAAGUUGAUCAAUGUGCGAUCAUCUUUAGGAAAUAAGUAUUAAAAGCAUUUCGAUGUGUAUGUACUUUUUAUUGUACUUUUUUAACUUUGACCCUGAACUUUUUUUUUUUAUAACCUUUCUACGAUGAUUCGCGAGGGAAUUAAGAAAGUAUUUGUUAAACGUAAAUUUGUCGCUGUAUAGCAAACAUACAGUUUGGUUUACCAUACCCACAGAAUUAUUAACUUUGCUAUACUCGUAUUUUAAAAUGACAAUGUGUUAGUUUUAUUUCCUUGGCCAUGAAAAAUAAUAAUUGUUUCUGGCCUUAUUACACUUACACAACCCAUGGACUCGCGAGCGGUUGGUUGGCUGUCGUUUAAGAUGAAGAAUUUAAUAUUAUUAGAUUUAACCUAAUAUUUUUUAUAAGUCUUACUUAUUUAUUAUAUUGCCUCACUGUAUGAUUGUUAUACCAUACAGACUUAGUGUGAUAAUAUCACCAUAAAUAGAGUCUAACUAAUUUCACCGUUACCGUGACCCCAAGGAUUUUCAUUCCACGUUAUCGAAUCACCAGUAGCAUACUGUUUUGUACAUAACAAUGUUGUCACAGUUUAGAUAUCAUACAGUAGGGCGACAAUGUAUCUUGAUAAUUGCAAUUGCAAAAUCGUAAUGUUGCCUGUAUUAAUAAAUCAGUUCUGAAAUAAUUUUGACAGACUGUAUGAUUAAUUAUACUGUGUUAGGUAGCGCCGUGAACGGUAUGACGUUUACAGUGAUUUUGAGUUCCUAGGUCAUGUUCCGAGCUCAAAUUUUGUAAUAAAUUAGGUGUUAAUGUUUCAUAUUUACAGAUAACAAUACAUGUCUAUACAAAAUGUCCUAUUUAGUUCGUAUUUACAACACUAUGCUUUGGGACAAGUAACAUGAAAUUAUUAUAAAACAAAUAUGAUAUUGAAAGUAAAGAAAAAAAUCCGUGAUAAUCUAGUAGUGAUUGCGCUGUCUGUAAAAGUGUUAUCUUAACAAUUUUAGACAAAGGCAACAGCAAUAAGGAUCUGCCAUCUCUUUAUAGUAAUAACUAUUCAACAUUUCGCACAAACUAUUGCAAUUUUAGUGUUAAAUAAUGUCAAUUCAUAUCAAAAAUGUUUUUUUAAGUAAUUUACUACAGAUUUGUUAUACAAGGACUAAUUUCUUUGAAAUGUGAAUUUUUGUCCAUAGAUGCCCAUAUUAAGUCAUGUCUGGAUAUAAAAAUUAGCCUAUUAUUAGGCUGGUAAUAUGACUACACUACUCUAUCGAUCGACUUUACAUUAAAUUGAUUACCAAGACCCCACUGUACCAUUUGUAAUUUGUGUUUGUCAAUCAUCUACUGCGUAUAUUGGAUGAAAGUAUCAAAAUUAUUAGACUAAAAAAAAUUUUGUUUAUAUUUACAUGGUUUGUUUUUUAGAUAUUACCAAUUAUGGAAAUUAUAUCGAUUAUCCAACUGACUAAUUUUACUUACCACUAAUUAAUACAUUUUGUUUGUUCUGAGGAAAGACACUGUGUACACCUGUUAAAAAGUUAAUUGCAAAUAUUGUACAUAAUUGGUAAUUUCUGAAUUAAAAUUGUAUGAAUCCAUGCUUUAUUUUAUUACUUGAAUCAUACCUGAAUCAUACUCACAGAUGCAUUUCGAGUUAUCUAUAAUAGUUAUUGUAUGAAGAUAUUAUUAUUUUGUAUUUUAUAUCUGUAUACAUAUUUGGUAAGGGCCUCUCAAGGUAACGUUUUUUUGGAGGAAUGUGUGAUGUUUAUUCAUAAAUAUAAUUUUUUUUGACAGGUUAAGCACUAUUGGCCAUAGAGAUUAGUUGCUCUAUGGUCAAUCGCCAUCUUGGAUUUUUAUCUAUUAUGGUUGCAAUAUAAAGAAACCUUGAUAAUUAUAGCUAGAAUAAGUACAUUCGCUUAAUAUAAGUUAUUUUGUAUUUUAAUAUCUAGCCUUUCAAAGAGAUGUGUCAUCUUGAAGAUUUAUUUAUUUGAAUAAUAUCAGAACUUUUGAAGACGCGAUUUCAAAAACAAAAUGGCGUCGUAUAUUUUAUCUGCAAUGUCGAACAAGGAAGGCAUCAUUUAAAUAAAGGAGUUAAAGAGACAAAUGCGGUGUUAGUUUCAGAACCGACAGAGAUAUGUAGUGAUAGUUUACUCAUUUUUGAUAAGAGUAUAUUUUAUGUAUACCUACCUUUUAGACUAGGGAUGCUCGAUAUAUUUUAUCUUUUUUAUUCUUUCCCGUAGGGAAAAGGGAAAGGUAUAUGAUCGAUAUUUGUAAAACACCGAUGUUAUCAUCGAUGUCAUAAUCGAAAGCUCAACAUCAAUAUUCGAUAUUCCUCACAAACCGAAUAUCGAUUUUCGGUAACAUCGAUAAUUUUAGCACUGAUUAACAACACAAUAAAAUACAAUGAGAUCGUUCGAAAUUUAUUAAAUACAGGUUAAUUUAUUAAUGAAUAAACCUAUAUCUUUAAAUGCGUUCAUAAAAUACGUAGGUAAUUUGUUUCGUACGUUGCAUUGGUCGUGAGUAACAUCGAUGAUCGAUUAUCAAUUCAGUUAACAUCGAUGUUACUUUAUUUUUUCGUAUAGCAACAUCGAUGAUCAUCGAUCUUCCCUAUUUUAGGUAUGUGUCUAAAAUAGGGAAGCUCGAUGAUCAGCAAUGUUGACGAUUUUGUGUGAAAAUGGUUUUCUUUUUGUAUGAUUUAUGAGUAAACAUCCACGAGGGAGUAGGAUAUCGUGUUAGUGGUAUGUUAACUUAGCUUUCUUGGUACUGUUAGUCGUUAUUGCAGUAUUUUGAUGCAAAUAUUAUUAUUUAAUAAGCGUAUUCAUAAAUAAAUUGACUCCGAUAUAG